UCCUCCGUCGCACCCGCGCAUGCGCAUGCGCGCUCGGUCCGGGCGCUCUGAAGACCUGGCGGAGCCCGGCGCGGAUGGAGGCCUGAGGGCGGCGGGGGCGGAGCGCGCCGCGAGCUGGGGGCAUGUCUGCGGCGGGCGCCGUCUAGAGGAAGGCCGAGCAGCCGCCGCCACGCUUUCGGUCGCGGCGAGACGCAAGCGAGCCAGGCCGAGGGCCGCGGCGGCGAUGCAGCGACGGCGGCGUCCUCCGCAGCCCGCCUCUCGGCUGCCCGAGGGCUGCGGAGGCGGCGGCGGCCGCAGUUGCGGCGGCGGGAGCGAGGAGGUGGAAGUGCAGUACUCCGCCGGGCGCUUGGGCUCGGCCGCGGCGGUUGCGGCGACGACGGCGGCGGCGGCGGCGCGCAGCACCGAGGAGGAGGAGGAGGAGAGGCUCGAGCGCGAGCACUUCUGGAAGAUCAUUAAUGCCUUCCGCUACUACGGCACCAGUAUGCAUGAGCGAGUGAACCGGACAGAGAGACAAUUUCGAUCACUUCCAGCUAAUCAGCAGAAACUACUUCCUCAGUUUCUUCUUCACUUGGACAAGAUCCGGAAAUGCAUUGAUCACAAUCAAGAAAUACUACUGACCAUUGUGAAUGAUUGCAUACAUAUGUUUGAAAAUAAAGAAUAUGGAGAAGAUGGGAAUGGAAAGAUUAUGCCAGCAUCUACAUUUGACAUGGAUAAGUUAAAAUCCACAUUGAAACAGUUUGUGAGAGACUGGAGUGAAACUGGGAAAGCAGAAAGGGAUGCCUGCUACCAGCCAAUCAUUAAAGAAAUUUUAAAAAACUUUCCAAAAGAGAGAUGGGAUCCUUCUAAAGUAAAUAUUCUGGUACCUGGUGCUGGACUAGGAAGACUGGCCUGGGAAAUAGCUAUGCUAGGUUAUGCUUGUCAAGGAAAUGAAUGGAGUUUUUUUAUGCUCUUUUCUUCCAACUUUGUACUCAACAGAUGUUCUGAAAUUAAUAAAUAUAAGCUUUAUCCCUGGAUCCAUCAGUUUAGCAAUAACCGGAGGUCAGCUGAUCAGAUUCGACCCAUCUUUUUCCCUGAUGUUGACCCCCACAGUCUUCCUCCCGGUUCUAACUUUUCUAUGACAGCUGGAGAUUUUCAGGAGAUAUACUCAGAAUGCAAUACCUGGGACUGUAUUGCAACCUGUUUCUUCAUAGACACAGCUCACAAUGUAAUUGAUUAUAUUGACACAAUAUGGAAAAUACUCAAGCCAGGUGGAAUUUGGAUAAAUCUAGGUCCUCUCCUAUACCACUUUGAAAAUUUGGCAAAUGAACUUUCCAUAGAAUUGAGCUAUGAGGAUAUAAAAAACGUCGUCCUGCAGUAUGGAUUCCAGGUAGAGGUGGAAAAAGAAUCUGUCUUGUCAACAUAUACUGUGAAUGAUCUCUCUAUGAUGAAAUACUACUAUGAAUGUGUCUUGUUUGUGGUCCGUAAACCACAAUCACAGUCUCAAGUGAUAUCACCAGGAAAAAAGUUUAAUAAGAGCAAUUGCUGAAAUAAACAACUCAGAAUCAGCUAUCACAAUGACAGGACACAACCUCAGAUCAGUGGUGCCUUCUUAUUCCUAACAAAAUUUAGAAAUAGCGUCUAUUUUCUUAAUAUGUCUAUUGCUUUUUCAGAAAUAUACUAUGCCAUGCAUAUUUGUACUACACAAGUAAAAAUGGAGGAAAGGUCUUCAAGUGUGCUUUUUCCUUGAAGCCCAGAAUUGUCUUUCAGUAGAAAAAACUUUAUCUCCAGUGUCUUCAUGAAGCUGUCCGUUGCAAGUCUGCCAUGCUAAUGACUAAUAGUAUUGAAGUCCACAAUAAUCUCCUUUUUUGUUGUUUUGUAUGCAUUGCACAUGUUAUUUUUAGAAGAGUUUAAGGGUCCUCUGUCACAUUCAGCAUCUGGAAUUGGGACUUUUGUUCAUUUUGAACCCAAGCAAUCUGUACAUAAAAUAUGUGUCUAUUCUUUUAUCAUUCAAAUUAUAUGAUUUUAUUUUUUUCUAGCUCAGCUGAACUUAAGAGAAGCAUCAAGCAUUUCAUUUUUAUGAAGUGCUAAAUUUAAUAGGAUCACAGGCCAGUAAAACUCAUUCAAGUAACUGAGAAAUCUGUAAGUCUUUUGGCCACACUAAACUGAAUACUUUUUGAAAGCAUACUCCUCAUGGACCACUCGGAAAUGUGUGAGACCUCAGCAUUCUAAGAGAGGCACAAAAACCUUCAUUAAAGGUACUACUAGGAAACUGGGGAAAUAAGAAUAAACUCUGCCCAUUGGAUAUGUGUGAUUUCAAACUAUAAAUGAACAUGCAGUUUGUCAGUGAGGUGUUUACUACACUGUCUUCUCUUUAGAUUGCCUGGAUUACAAAAGCAAGCACUUUUUUUCAUUCAAACAAUUAUAUACUAGUAAAAACUGUCAUGAUGGUAUUAAUGUGGGGGAAUUUUGAGUAUGAAAUUCAGGGAUAAACUACUACCCAUGGUCUUUGUCUUCAGUAUCAUAAGCAGCAGCCAUUUAUAUAAUUUCAGAUUAACACCAAUUUUGUUUCCUGAUAGCUGGACCUGAAACAGUAUUCGCUGCUUUAAAUUUCUACCUCUAGCAGAUCUUUAUUGGAGGGAGUUUUCCUUUGUGUUUUUUUAUGUUUAUUAUUCUAUUUUCAGUAGGUUGGAAAGAAGACAUGAUUAAUUUAAUGUUUUAACCUUUUCUUGGAGAAAAGGAAGUACUCUUGAAUAUUUUCACAGAUGAUUGUGAUGAAAUGACCUCUGUGGCAAUUUGGAUUAGAUAGACUUAAUGUCAAUAAUGUACUGAUAGCAUUAGUGUCAUGUUUCAAUAGGAAAACUUACUUGUAAAUCUUUAGACCUUUGUUGUCAGGUUAGGGGAGUCACUAUGCGAUUUGGUAUCUUACUAGUAGGACCUUUUCUUCGUAAACUGCGGCAGCUCUUGUGGCCUUUACGCCAUUGUGCAGUAAAGGAUUCCAAUGAAGUAAAUUCGACUUGUCAAGUUAUGGAAGCCUGUAAGCUGUUGAGUUUUUUUUUAAACUACUUCUCUUUUUUGUGUCCCUCAAUACUUUGUAGAUGUUUAUAUAGUGGGAAUUCUCAUUACCUACCAUAUGAAUGAACUUGAAGUUAAUUGCAAGAGGGAAAAAAACCCCAAAUUAUUUUGAUUAUUAUUUUGGUUUUUUUUUAGAAAAGAAACUUAAAAGGAGUCUAAAUAUUUUUAAAAAUCCAUUGAGAGGAAAGGAAAGCAUGCUGUUUUUGAGUAAUAUAGAAAGGCUGACUAGUUUUCACUCUUUUAUAACUUAUAUCAAAACAAAUUAUCUUGUUUGGCUCACAGAGGCAACAAUAGAUUAACACUGAUGGGUUGGCUUUAUUACUUAAAAAUUUUGCCAUCAGGUUUUAUUCUUUAAUAAUGUUGCUUAAUUUCUAAAUUAUAGCUUACAUUUCAGUUAAUUCUGAAAUCAGUUAUUUCAGUUGUUUUUAAUUUCCCCCUCAUAUCAUGAAUACUAUUUUUUAAAUGUGCUACACAAAUUUGCAUCACUUUUUUCUCUUACAGCUUUUGCAGUUUAUAUAUUCUAAACUUAAAAGUUGUGAUAUCAAUAAAUAAUAGAAGUGUCACUGGAGGAUUUAAUUUUAUAUUUCUUAGAUAUAGUUCUAGCUACCAAAAUGUGUAAGCCUUAAAGUUUUUAAUUUUUUUUCUUAACUUAGCUCUGUAAACACAUGCUUUCAUUUAUUUCCAUUAAGUGAAAGGAAAUAGGUCAUUGUGCUUGCUUUUUAAAAAAAAAUUUCUGUAAUCUGAAGUGGUGCAGGCUAGGCUAUGUUAAUCAAGUGACCAAGGUGGGGUAUGUAAAAUAUAAAGAGAAGCUGUAUAAGUCACAAUAUAAAAUUAUGACAUUUGGGAACUGUAAAAUGUAAUGUAUUUAUGUGUAACUCUAAUUCUAAAAGUUGCCACAAAGGCUGAAUUGGAAGCUUCAUGUCUGCAUGAAAUUUCCUCUAUUUUUAAUGUGUAUGAUGGACUUAAUUUUUCAUGAAUAUUAAAGUCUGCCAAUUGCUAUGAAA